UCUGUCCGUCCUGAAAUCUGAUUCAGAAGUUCAGGAUCCUGGAAGACAAAAAGCAGAAGCCGAGGGGGAGGGAAGGACGGAGGGACCCUUUCUUCUUAAAAAAAAAAAAAGCCCCGCAAGCUCCGACUAAAGCUGUGUGACCAUGAGCUCCUCGGGGCUUCAGGCCACAAACCGGCAGAACGCGAAGGAGCUCGACAGCAUGAAGGAGUCCAUCAGCGACAUCAUCAACCAGCUCCAGGACAUCGAYCCAGCCAGGCUGUCCUUCUCCCCCUUCCUGGACCUGGACACGCAGAUCUCCUUGGCGCCGGUGUCAGACAGCCCCGAGUCUUCGGUGGAGGAGCUGCACUCGUCCUCCCAUUCUGUCUCGGGCUCCCAGCGCUCCCUGGAGCCGGCACCAGAGCAGCCGAUGAGCUUUGCUUCGAGCCACCAGCAGCCCAGAGUUCACCUCCCAGAUCAGCCUGAAGCAGAUCAGACGGAGGAGGGCGAACCGGAUCAGACUCUUUCCAGCCCGAUCAUCCCCGCUCACAGUUUGGACGCCGAUACGGAAAACUGCAUCGCCCCCGCAACCCCGGCCCCUCAGGGCGACGUUCCCAACGGCACAGACACGCCGAGAUGGAGUCCGGAGUCCACCAAUCUGGAGAGCGCUGCGGACGAGGGCCGGCCUCUGAUAGGCCCGCCACGGGAGAGCGUGGAGCUGGCUGUGUGGACCCCGGAGGGCGUGGCAGAGGCAGGCGGAGUGGCCGAGGAGGCUUCGGAUCGGGGUCGCCGCUGCUGUCGCUGCUGCCAGAGUCGCUGCUGUCGGGGCGGCAGAGUUCCCGCGCUCCUCUUGGCUCUGGCGUCGCUGCUGUGCGCAGCCGGCCUCCUCUACCUGCUCUACUUCUACGUCCCCAUCAGGCCCCCGGACUGCCCCGACAUGAGCAGCCGCCUCGUCUUCACCUUCUGCUGCUGCUCCUUGGCUGCGCUCCCCGUCGUGCUCGCGAUGCUGGUGGGAGCAGGCUGCCAGUUCUGCUCCGGCUCCUUGGACCUGCAGGAGUCUGAUCCCAGAAGACAAAGUCCUCAGCGGCUGUUCGUCACGUCCACCUUGGAGCAGUUACUCCUCUACGUUCUCAACCUGGUCGUUAUGGCCACUUUACUGCCUGAAGAGCAGCUGAAGCUGGUGCCCAUUCUGACCGUGAUGUUCAUCUUUGGCAGGCUGAUUUACUGGGUCAGCCUCAACAUGUGCAGCUCCUGGAGAGGAUUUGGCUCCGGCCUGACCGUCUUCCCGCUCCUCGCCGUGGUCGCUCUAAAUCUGUUCCUCAUGUACCGCCAAAAUCUCAAGGAGCCCCUCUUUGGUUCCGUGGACGCCCACUAUAAUCAGGUCACCCCCUCUUCCUGGUCGGGGGAGACUUCUCAGAGCCCGAGUCGUGAACCAGCGGUGCUGCCCGCAGACAUCCUGGACGCUCAGUGAGGAGGAGGAGAGCCGCGCUUUCUUCUUUUCCAAAAAUAGGCCAUUCCUGUGGUUUGCUGCAGAGCGCAGCUACGCCCGCCGCCGCUACAACCUCCAGCUACGUGACGGCUCAGCUCGCCGCUCCUCCCAUCUGCAGACUUUUUCAUGUGGAUUUGUGUUUUACUAUGCAAAAGGCACGAGCCCUGCCUGCCUACGGUCGACGGUGCCUUUUAACAACGCUGUAAUCAUAAAACAUUUGUCUCUUUGAGCUAUUCCAGCACAUAUAUUUAACUACUCAAAAGCUCUGCUAUAAAUGCGGCUGCAUUUGUCUCACAAAAACAACAAAGACGCUGCAGUUUUACUGUCGUGACAGUCCAGAAUUUUUUUUUUGUACAAGCUGAAGACUGAAUAAAAAAAUAAUUUACAUGUG